UUUGAAAAAACAGUCUAAAUUCAAAAUAGCAUAUUUUAAGACUAUCCAAAUUUAAGUUUCAAAAAAUUAAUCUCUCACAGAGAAAAGUAAAGGAUUUCCCGGACCAUGAACAGCAACUCGCUCACCAAGAGGCACCAUCGUGUAAUGGUGGCCCUCACGGAUCCCAAGCGUCGAAGUUACUCGGAAGAGCCUUGCCUAGACGAAGAGAUAAAGUUGUUGGACAAAAAAGCGAUGCUGUUGAGGAUUCCAAAUGCCUUGGGAAAGCCGGGUCCUUUAAUGAAAUCUCCUCGGUAUUACCGCCAUAUGGAAUUCGAUGCAAUUGGCUAUGACUUUGAGACUCAUAUACGGUCAGAAUUAACGGACCUAAUGUCCCAGAUGUUUCGGUAUCAUCGUCAUGGCAGUCUGCUGCGAUUCCCAGCUCAAAGAAACCUGAAUCCAAGCUUGCUAACCCGCCUGCUCGUCACAGAGGUGGAGAAACUAAUGAUGGAUCUGCGUCUCCGUUUAAAAACCAUCAAUGUGGACUACUUCGAUGUGAGGAAGUUCGACAUGAUUAAUCUGCUUUUGGACCCUAAAGCCACUCGAAAUCAUCGACGUGAUCUAAUGUGUGGAAAGAGUUUCUACAGCACCAAGGAUCUGUAUCAGUGGCUGGUGAAUGAUUUGACCACAUUACGAGGACGUGCCAUUGGCGAUGAUUACCUGGACUUUGAGUUUGUUUACCGCGACACCCAGCCCAGGCAGCACAAGAUUCGCCUGUCGGUUUUCCAUAUUUUCAACAGCGAGGACCGAUCCGACUUGGCCGAGUUUUUGAAGAGUGUGCCCAAUGGCAGGCAAUGUGGGGUUUCGAGCACUCUGCUCAAUGAUUGCCUGAAGGAGUCCUUUGACUUAAAGAGUCCCACUCCAGCGCUCAUGAUGUUCGAGCUGCCAAUGGUCCCAGAACUCUGUGAUUAUCGUCGCAAGGUCCUGAAGCUGGCUGAUAUGGCCUAUAGUUCUCUGGAGAAGGGUCGACAAUUAACAGCUAAAAUCGAGAUGAGAUACUCAUCGCAAUUGUCCAUAAGUGUGAGUAGAGAGAAUCGUCACAACACCAGCCGUUGCUCCCUGAGAUCGGUGCCCCAUAUUCCGAUGGCUCAUUGGCGACGUACCGCCAAGUUUUCGGAUGAGGACUACAAUGGCCUGGCCGCCUGGUACAAGAGGAUAGAUGCCAAGUUUACGCAGCUCAAGCUGGGCAUGGAGCAGCACUUUGUUAAUUUGUUUAAAAGGAAAGCUUUGGACCUUCGUCGAGAGUUGACAUGUAUUAAUCAGGAUCUGGGUUUGACGAGAGACGAAAGCGGUGGCGACGCGUCACGAUUGCCGAAUAACCCAGGUGCUCAAGAUCCAAGUGAGGAAAUAUAUAAUGAAUUGCAAAGGGAAUUCAAGUCACUAGAACAAGAUGCAGAGAGAUCUGCCUAUGCAUCCACUUUGAAGGUCUACAUUAGCACCAAGAAGUACGAGUUGUCCGAGGCGGAGAAGACCCUCAAACAGAGGGAAAUUGAGAACCUAAGAAUCCGUUUGGUUCAAUAUAUAAGUAGUUAAUUCCUUGGAUUAAUCCAUUUUCGAGGAUUAGAAGUUUUUCCAGAUGUCACUGUCUGUCGCCCCCGUCAAGUGACGCCUGGAAAAACUCCUUUUCCUUGGAGAGAAACAUAAGAGGAAACCCAUUUAAUUGUCAAUUUACUUUACUUGAUCGUUCUUGUUUUUUUGUUUUCCAGAAAGACAGAGGUUUCGUAUUGGG